AUGGAAAGUAGUGACUAUUUUAUGUUAAAUGAUAGUGUAAAUUUAAAGGAGCCAUUUACAAAAAAUAAUUUAGAAGAUAAAAGAGAAUUAUUUUGCUUUAUUUGCUUAGAAAAGGAUUUAGAAAACUCACUGUUACUUUCUUGUUGUUCAAUAUGUACUGCUUGUGUUCAUAAAAAAUGCUGGUUUACAUGGAGAAAAACGCAAAAAUUAGGAUCCUUAAGAUCGAAAUUAUUAGGCUUAAAUAAAUCUGAUCCCUUAUUAUGUACAAUAUGUAAAACAGGAAUAGCAAAAAUAGAAGAAGAAAAUGAUUUUAAUUGGAUAAUUAAUGAUAAUAGCAACAAAGAACAUUUACAAGAUGAAUUAUUAAGGACGAUUGCUUCAUUAUUAAAUAAUGAAAAUAAUGAUAAUCAUAUUCCUAAUGUGCAUUUUAGAUAUAUUUUCUCAUUUAAUUUUAUUUUUUUAAUUGUAUUAAUAGUAGUUAUAUUAUUUUUUAUAAUGGUUUUUGGUUUUACUAUUAAUUAUGUUCUUUUAAUAGCACUUUUCAUAUUAUAUGAGGUUAUUGUGCUUCAAAUAGUUUUAUACUUAUAUAUUAGAGUGAAAAACAAUUCUCUUAUCGUAUGA